ACCCACUGCACGGCCUCCCAUGGGCACUGCCUCCCCUCAGAGCAGCGGGGCAGAGAGGGCCGGCCUGGAGCGGCCCUCAGCUCUGCCUCCGCGGCUCUCCCUUCAGAUCGGACAUGGCUCGGGAGCCCAGGCCCAGCGCUGUCCGGCAGGGCCGGAAGAGGCCAUGGGGCACAGCCACCUCCCGCAGCAGCUACAGCCUGGAUUACGAGCUGCACAGGGAAGACGGCCCCUGCAGGGGGUAUGAACACCAGGGGGUCCCUCCCCUCCUCCACCGCGUGCCUGUCAGGAUCCGGAGGGCCCACCUGGGCACGGGGGUCAAGGGCCACUUCAGUCUCCACAGGGCCCCCAGGAAGAGCCAGCUGCACCCCGAGAUAAAGCUCCAGACCGAGGAGCUGCACUGCCUCAGGGGCGAGCUGAGCCACAUCAAGGCCCAGGUGGACCGCCUGCUGGAGCACGUGGAGCUCAUGGAGCAGCGGAGGGACCAGCUUCCAGGUCAGGCCCCCAAGGCCGGGCCCAGGCCGCACUCCACAGGGACAGAGGACUGUGAACAGAACAGGGGCUCCAGGAGUCAGGGGUCCUUAUGCAGAACCACCGAACCCAGGCAGGAGCCCAGAGGCCCGAGGGCCCAUCCGGAGGCGGAUGGCUCCCAGGAGCACACAGACCUGGAGGCUGCGGGUCCUGCGUCUGCUUCUCCUACAGGUCAAGAAUCAGGCGUCAGACCAGGGCUGUCAGUAGCAGGCUGGAACCCCUCCAGGCUCAUCAGCUCCAGGCACGGUCCUUGCCUUGAGUGUUUUCUUGAGGGUCUCUCAGCGGCACCCAUGCCACCCAUUCUGGAGCCAGGGCAAUGGAAAUGGAGGCGUGGCUCAGCCAGAUGGGCCAGGAACCCAGCCUUAGUGCUGCUUUUAGCUUUGGCUCAGAGGUUAAAGCGUAUGCCUGCAAUGUAGGAGACCUGGGUUCAAUCCCUGGGUCGGGAAGAUCCCCUGGAGAAGGCAGUGGCACCCCACUCCAAUAUUCUUGCCUGGAGAAUCCCAUGGAAGGAGGAGCCUGGGGGGCUACAGUCCAUGGGGUUGCAAAGAGUCGGACAAGACUGUGCAACUUCACUUUCACUUUAGCUUUGUCCAAAUGGCAGUCUAGGUACUGCAGGGAAGGGGGACGGUCCACAGCUGUCCGGCACCAGCGCACCAUCUCAUAGAGCCGAGGCCCGCUCCUGCAAGCAGAGCUGGACGCUCACCCCCGGGAGCAGCGUCAGCUCUCUUCCCCUCUCAAAGCCCCCGUCCUGUCUGGGUGUCCACAGGGUUACCGUUUUUACCUUGUUUCUAUCUUGUUUCUUUUUGCUGUGGUUCUAUAUAUUUCAGAUAUGCUUUGGAAAUACAUGUCACUGGGGGCAAAUAAAGUUUGUAUUUUUCCCCCUA